AUGCCUGCUGAAGAAAAGAAGUUCCCUGCUGAAGGCAAGUACUAUCCGGGGAACUACAAUUCUUCCGCAGACUCGGAGCCUUUCUUUCCCAUCGACGAUAUCCCCGGCACCCAAGAAGACACUGUAGAGAACCAGGUAUUGCUGAUUCAGUACGCCGACGCUUUCAGAAGACCGGGAGAACCGACGCCUGCGCAAUUGAGGGUCCAUCCAGCCAACAGAGUCUUGCCGCCGCCAGGAGUGAAGGGAUUCAAGAAGGAGAGACUUGAACACUUCUUAAGGAAGUUUCCUGACAGACCCGCUCCGGAGAGACGACACUCGAUCGGUUGA